GUUUCAGGACCGCGGACAGCGACCAGCGAGACAAAACAAACGCGUAUAGUUCGGUGGACUUCUAUUAGCAUGGUCAAUAGUUGAGGUGAUAGUUGGAGUCUGUAGGCUGUAGUUAUGAGGCUUUUGCACACAAGACGAACUCUGGUUCAUUUGAGUCGCCCAAAAAUGAUGACGGACAAAAGAAAAUGUUUCGACCUGUACGUCUUCAGACACUGAACACGAUCAGUGUGAGAGCGAGAGCGAGAGAGAGAGAGAGAGAGAGAGAGAGAGAGAGAGAGAGAGAGAGAGAGAGAGAGAGAGAGAGAGAGAGACUUGGCAGUGGAGAGAGGCGGCUCGGCAGUGCCAGCAGGAUAGUUCCCGUCAGGAGGACUCCUCGAAGUUUAACGGGUCUGAGAUCAGCCGCCGCGAUGCCUCCGAGGUGCGUUGGAUCGCUACUCGUUGGAUUGUGUCUCUGGAUGACGUUCUGCGAGCAAGGGUGUCAUGGUGGUGUGUACCAGAGGAAGCUCUACAGGGAGCUGAUGGUGAACUACAACCGCCUGGAGCGCCCCGUCCACAACGACUCCGCUCCCAUCGUGGUGGAGCUGGGCCUCACCCUGCUGCAGAUCAUCGACGUGGAUGAAAAGAACCAGGUGAUGAUCACCAACGCUUGGCUGCAACUGCACUGGACGGACGUCUACCUGAUGUGGAACCCAGAGAACUACCCGGGAGUGCAGACCAUCCGGUUCCCCUCCAGCCAGGUGUGGGUCCCGGACAUCCUGUUGUACAACAGUGCAGACGAGCGCUUCGACGCAACGUUUCACACCAACGUGCUGGUCAACUCCUCAGGGGCCUGCCAGUACAUCCCUCCUGGGAUCCUGAAGAGCACCUGCUACAUCGACGUCCGCUGGUUCCCCUUCGACGUGCAGAAGUGCGACCUCAAGUUCGGCUCGUGGACCCACAACGGCUGGCUGCUGGACCUGCAGAUGAUGGACGUGGACGUCUCCACCUACAUCCCCAACGGGGAGUGGGACCUCGUGGGCGUGCCGGCCAAGCGCAAUGAGCUGUACUACGAGUGCUGCAAGGAGCCGUACCCAGACGUGACCUUCACCGUCACCAUGCGCCGGCGGACGCUCUACUACGGCCUCAACCUGCUCAUCCCCUGCGUGCUCAUCUCCGGCCUGGCUCUGCUCGUCUUCUUGCUGCCCGCCGACUCUGGGGAGAAGAUCUCUCUGGGUAUCACCGUUCUCCUCUCCCUGACAGUCUUCAUGCUGCUGGUGGCUGAGAUAAUGCCGGCCACCUCCGACUCAGUCCCUCUCAUAGCCCAGUACUUUGCCAGCACCAUGAUGAUCGUCGGUCUCUCUGUGGUGGUGACCGUACUGGUGCUGCAGUUCCACCACCACGACCCCCACGGAGGGAAGAUGCCCAAACUGGUCAGAAUAAUCCUCCUAAACUGGUGCGCCUGGUUCCUGCGGAUGAAGAAGCCCGGCGAGGACGCCAAGACGCCCGCCUGCCCCGUCAACCCCGUCAACCCCCAGACCCGGUACUCCCACGCCAGCGCGCCCCACCACCACGCCAGCGUCAACAGCAUCCAGAUGUCCACUGUCCCGGGCCAGGCCUCCACCCACCCCCUGUCCUCCGCCCACGGCGCCACCGCCACCAACGGCAGCAUGAACCUCUACUUCGGCUACCACUCCAUGGGCACGGACAACCCCGCCUUCCCCCCCAGCAGCGCCGACUCGGGGGUGAUGAUGUGUGGCGGCGGCGGCGGAGGCGGGAGCAGCCAGGCCAGCGACAUCCACUCGGAGCACGUGCGGACGCUGCUGAUGGAGCAGGUGCCGGAGAUCUCCCGCAUCCUGGAAGAGGUGCGGUACAUCGCGGGCCGCUUCCGGGACCGCGACCGGGGCGACGCCAUCUGCAGCGAGUGGAAGUUUGCGGCGGCGGUGGUCGACCGGCUCUGCCUGGUGGCGUUCUCGCUCUUCUCCAUCAUCUGCACGUUCACCAUCCUCAUGUCGGCGCCCAACUUCAUCGAGGCCGUGUCCAAGGACUUCACAUGAGGACGCCGUCCCUCGUUCCUCUAAACCCCCAGGCCCAAACCCAUCCCUCCGCCACCAGCACCACCACCUUCCUCAGAGACGAGACGAUGAAGAGACCCAGAAAAACCUAACACCAUAAAAGCUGCGCCUCCCGCGGUUAUUCCUUUGUAGAAACCGUAGCGCGCGCCGGUCUCCUGCGAGAUCACCGUAGGAUCCAGCUCCUGUUCGAUAGACCUCUGGGUGUUAUAGCAUUGUGUGCUUCAGCUCCUCACUACACCUCCCCAGUCGGCAGGUUCUCUUACCUAGAGGGGGGAGCUUCACAUGCACUUCAGUAGCUCAGUUUAAUGUCAUCCGUUGUGUUUCACGUUUCCCUCAGUAGACGACGUAUGAUAAAUAUGAUUCAUGUCUAAAUGUCAGCCUCUAAUUGUUUUAUCUUGGGUUUCUUUUGUUGCUUGUUUGACGUGUGUAUUUACAAGGAUGCUUUCAUAUCCGGUGCGACCUCUGCGGUGAGUGGGUUUGAGAGCUGUCGCUGUACAGAUGGUGCCCAGCCCAGAGGCCACGGUGAUGUGUGGGUCCGGUUAUUGCCUUGAUAUUGCCGGCAGUGAGAGGCACUCCCAAGGUGUCCAGAAGUGCUUGCGCCGGAGGGGCUAGGGGGUGUCAUCGAUAUAUGACCUGUAAAGCCCUUUGAGACUGUAAACUGUGAAUGAGGGCUUUGCUAAUAAAGUUGACUUGACAACGGGGGAGGUUCAGACUUUGGGUGUGGUGGGGGGGGGACUACACAAUGGGUGAACUUAAGUAGUUAAAAGUCAGUUUAAGUCAUUUUCAAAAGCCUUUGAAGUUAAAGUUAGAUUGUCUCGUAACAUUUGGUUUCUUCCUUGUACAGUAUCACUAUUCAAACACCAAUUUUACCACUUUUCAAAGCUCCAUUUCAAAGUUGAGGUUUAGUUCAAACUCUGGCCUUCUCCGAGGGCCCUUCGUAUGUUAUUGUUUCUGCUCUGAACGUACUCCAGAUGCACUCAUCGUCCCUCUCUGUGAACCCCGCCCUUCUCUGUUGUUAUGCACUCGUUCCCCCAAUGGCCUGUUGACCUGACCUGGACGUUACUCAAAGGCCUGUCUGUUUGAGCAGGGAUUUGUGUGCGGGAACUCGCAGUCACACACUAAGAAACAAAACUGUGACAAACAAGAUUAAAAAUUGUGGAGUAUCAAAUAUAAAAUUUCACUUAGCUUCUCUCUCUCUCUAUAUACAAAUACUAUUUUCUAAAUCUGUGUAAUAUGCUCCAGGUUAUUAUUUUUCUUCAAGGCAAACAUAAUCUAUUUUAAAGAGUUAAAUUCUGUUAUGGUUGUGGGUUGUCCGCUAAAGAAGUUAUAUUUAAGCAGUUCAAUUGUUGCAAAGAAAGACGCAGCCAAACGUUUUGGUUUUUCAGAUUCAUCAACACUUCCUCACUAAUCUCAGAGAUAUAUAUCCCAGUUGCUUUUUGUGCUUUAUCCAUGGUGACAUCUAGAUUGAAUCAAUCGACUGAACACUUAAUCUACCGGAAAUGUACACGCAUCACGGAUUAACGGCAGCCGGCAGGUGUUUGUCACAAAGAUGUGUUCCAUCUCGUGGCGUCUCCUCGUAUCGCCCAACCCUCCGCAUCGCGCAGCUCUGAACCGUCGCUAAACUCAAAACACGCUUGAUUAGUAGAUGAGUCGUUUAACUAGUCAUCUUCUCAGAACACUGUCGCUAAACUUCUAACUAAAACAAUAUGUAGAAUGGCACAUAUAUCGUAAUAAAUAGAUCAAAGCUAUUUAUUGGAAGUGAGAGAACCAUUCAAUAUUGGCGUUUUGACCAUCCAUAGAAACAGAGGCUGACUGUAUGUGGUUGCUAUGGAAGCCAGGCUCCACAGUGUUAUGGAUGAUUUAUGGAUAAUCAAAGAACACUUUGCUGUGAAGGGUCACUAAGUGUGUUUACCUCUGAGCAAACAAAUAAGGCCGAGCACAGCUGGGCCCAAAGCAACAAGCAAACAAUAGUGCAUUUUGUACCCACAC